AUGCUCACGACAACACGCGCCUCGCACCCCCAAUCGCCCCGACCGGCCCUGGAGGCAUACGACGCCUCUACAGGCGUCCUCGUGCCAGGCUUUGGCCUUGGUUCGGCGGUGCUGCACCCUUACGAGCAUCCGCCCCUCGACUUUGUCCACGAUCCCUAUCUAGGCAUCGACGACGAAGAAGACGACGACCAGGUCUCCUCCCUCUCCUUCGGCUUCUCCUCCGACUUCACCGCAGACUUCGCUCUCGGCCCCGAAGCCGACUCGGCCGCGUCCAACCCGGAAUCCCACGCCUCGACGGCCUCGAAUCUCAAGCACGACGACCACAUCCAUUACCUUUACCACCAGCACCAGCACCAGCAUCAUUACCAAGCCGACAUCAUGAACUUGCCCAGCUCCCACAUCCCGCCCCGCCGCAGCGCGAGCAUCCACUCGCUCACGCCGUCGCGCGACCUCCUCGUCAAGCCAAAGUCCCCGGAAAAGUCGGCCGCCGCCGCCGCCGCAACCGCCACCAAAUCAAAACGAGUGCGGACGGGCUGUUUAACGUGUAGAGAACGGCAUCUAAAAUGCGACGAGGGGUUACCAAACUGUCUAAAUUGCAGGAAAAGCAGCCGCGAGUGUAAACGCGGCGUGCGGCUAAAUUUUAUAGACAUCCAGGUCAAAAAGCCGCCAUAUAUGCCGCCCACCGUCGAGUGGUCCGUCCAAUUUCAAGACGAAUCGAGGCAGAUCGCCUCGGAGUACGUGGGAGGUCUCGGCCGCUACGCUCACCUAGAUAAGCAAGCCGCCGCCGCCGCUGCCGCUCCUCCUCCUCGGCACAUGGGCCAUCUUGAGCCAACCCUCCGCCACCAAGGCCAUCUUCUCCCACAGGCACACGCAAGCGGCCCGGACGCCUCGCUAUCACCGCGGACUCACCUCCAGCACCACCCGCCGCCGCUGCCGCCGUCGCUGCCCCCGCCGCCACAGUUGUCGUCGUCGUCGUCCAUGUACAGCUACUCACACCGACCCGAGCCUCCUCGAGCCGUUGAGUCGGCGUACCCGCGUCGCGAGAGCGACAACCCUUACCUGACGCCCCAGCAUUCCGCCCACCCGGCGCCUCACCCUUACGGCCUUCAUGAGCACUUCGCCUCGUACCGCGAAAGCGCCCCCCGCAACCACGGCCACCGCGACAGCGACGCAUCGAGCGCCGCCUCCAUUGUGCCGCAGCCGACGGCGCCGCCCCCGAGCUAUCGCAGUAGCGCCGGUGCCGGCGCCGGCGCCAACCCGUUGGCGCCCGACGGCAUGAUGACGCCACCGCCGAGCGAGAAGGCCACGGCCGGUGAGAGGGAGUACCUCAACUCGCCCGAGGAGAUCCUGUACAUGCAGGUCUUCGUCGAGGAGGUGGGCGUGUGGAUGGACUCGCUCGACAAGGAGAAGCAUUUCUCGCGCCUCAUCCCUUACCACUCGCUCAAGUCGCCCAUGCUGCUCAACGCCUUCCUCGCCUGCGGCGUCAAGCACCUCACGCUCGUCAACCCGGCCUACCAGGACGACAAGGCCCUCUUCUACUACGACACGGCCACGACGCAACUCCUGCGCAGCCUGCAGAACCCGGACCGCAACACCGGCGAGUGCGCCACCACCGCCGUCGUCCUCAACGUCUACGAGAUCAUGUCCGAGAAGCCCGCCCAGCGCAUGAACCACAUCGCCGGCGCCCGCGCCCUGAUCCGCGAGUGCCGGUGGGACGCCAAGUCGUCCGGCAUCGGCGCCGCCUGCUUCUGGCUCAACAUCGGCAUGGAGGUGCUGUCAUGCCUGGCCUUCAACUGGCAGACCUCGUGGGACCCGGACCAGUGGGGUCUGGACAUGGACUUUGCCGCCGACGGGACAGCUACCGGUCCCGGUGCCGCUGUCGCGAGGUCGGCGGCGUCGUCGUCCUCGUCAGGAGACGGCUUCGGCCAGGAGGAGCUGUGGGUGCAUCGAAUCCUGUACAUCGUCGCCAAGAUCGCCAACUUCCGCGCCACGAUCCCGCGGUUCCAGGAGCCGAGCCCGCACGACGAGCAGAUCCGGCUGGGCAACCGGCUCGCGCAGUGGCAGGACCUGAAGAGGCUGUGCGACAAGUGGAACAACGCGUGCCCGAGGACUAUGCAUCCCUUUGGCUACCUGUACCCCUCGCAGACGAACUCCAAGUCUGCGUUCCCUAACGUCUGGCUCAUCAAGCGCGCCGCCAUCAUCGGCCGCCUCUUCUACCACACGGCCCAGUGCCUCCUCGCGCAGACGAACCCGAUGGAGCCCGGCAAGGCGUCCGAGGAGAUGCGCGCGCUGCAGCUGCACCACGCGCACCAGGUCUGCGGCAUCGUCGCGCACACAAAGGACCGCGGCGUCGCCUCGGUCGCCAUCCGCUCCCUCGCCAUCGCCUCGGCCGUCCUCACCGACCCGCGCGAGCAGGACGAGGUCCUCGAGAUCCUCGACCGCAUCCACGCCGAGAGCGGCUGGCGCCUCGGCAAGAUCCACACCGAGCUCAAGAAGACCUGGGGCUGGCCCAGCCCGGCGCCCUCCCACGCCAACACCCCUGGCGGCGGUGCAUCCGCGGGAGACUCCCACCACCACCACCACCACCACCACCAUCGGGGCUCGGUGGGUAGUUAUACUUCCCGGUCCGGCCCGCCUGGCAACCCACCCGCCAUGGCGACAUCGUCGGCCCAGGGGUCCGGCGCCGCCUCCUCGACGCCGAUGAAGGCGCUCGUCAACCCGUUGUCGUUUGCCGACUUUAGCCUGCCGAACCACCCGUACCAGAACUGGUACGAGCCGCCAAACCGGUCCAGCUCGUACGGCUCGCAGAGCUUCUUCUGA